AUGUUAAAGCUUCGAAUACUUUUCCUCUCCCUUUUGGGAGGUCUCGCCUCUGCGGAUGUUGUUGAUCACGAUCCCUUGGCAUAUUAUCCAGCUCCAGAUGGCACUUACAUCCCUCCUAAAGAUCCCAGCAUCAAUACAUUGCUCGACUUCGUCAAGUCAAGAGAUGAUCUGAGCAUCCUGGCGACGGUGCUAAGUGAGUGCGCUGGAUUUAGUGAAGCUUUUGAUACAGCUCCUUCUUGGUCGUACACUUUCUUCGCCCCUUCAGAUACAGCCUUCAGAAAUACGGGAGCGUACUAUUCUACGUUUGCGGCUACUCCAAAGGGCAAAUGGUGGCUGGGGAAUCUACUACAGCACCAUUACGUGCCGAAUUCCCAGCUUAUGGUCAAGAACUUUAAUACUACAUAUACGCGCUUUCAGACAGGGACCUUUCUUUUUGUUGGAGCCCAGAUCGUCAAUGGGAAUCUUACCCUGAAUAAAGUUUCCAGCGUCACUGAAGCAGAUAUUCCCGUUACGAAGGGCAUCGUUCACAUCAUCGAUCAUUUGUUAGAUCCUUCAGCGCAGAUAUUGGAGGUUGAUCUGGGGAAAACCAGCCAGGGUUUUAUACCAGGGAGCUGCUCCAACCCAGCAUUGCCAUAUUGUUGAGCUUCACCUGCAUGCAACAGAAGGUUUGAUGGAUUGGACAAAUGUAGAAUGGCUAAUGAUGUCUAAACGGCUUGCUGCCUGCAAAAGGAAUUACCCAGAGGUGGCGAAUGUGAUGUUGCUUAUUUCCGGCGGUCGAAACCUAUAGAUGGUACUUUCGGUCGUGCUAUGAUGCAAUUCAAGUAGUUCAGAUUACCUACCUAUGUAUUGACUAUGC